AUGACGGAAGAUUCCGUAAUGGUCGGUCGGAAAUCCACCGGCAACCGAGGAGAGGAUAUUGCGAAGGAGGCAGUCGCUGUAAAGGACAACAGUCGGCGAUCGAAAUCUGGCAAAAACGACGAUGAGGGUCCAUCCACAUCGAAGGGUCCAUCCACAUCGACGCUUCCGCCCAUGGAUGCCGGUGAAAGUACCGAACCCAUUGGAAUUAGAGACGUCCCGGAAUCGACUAGGGAAGAUAAACUUGACGAAAAUCUCCCAAAGAAGGUUUUCGCUGUGGAUUGCUAUCCAGAGCCAGGGCGGAUGAACAUUUAUUCGAAAGCCAACGUGAUUGGACGCGUCGCCGAUGCAUUGGCCGGAACACCGGCCCUGAAAACAAUUCACGGAUCUCAGUUUAGGCAGCUGUUCAUGUUGCCUGUUGGUAGAUGUUCUUACUCCGGGAAACUCAUCCACGCAAUACUGGCGAGGCAGCUGGUACCAAAGAGGAAAUAUGAGAUCUGGUCGGUCUUUGGAGGGCAGUCAUUCAGGUUCUCAUUCCGGGAAUUCGAACGUGUUUCAGGUUUGGUAUGCUCUAGAAUUCCCGAAGGCCACACAUUUUUCCAAGCAGUACCAAAGGAACCGUCGACGACAUGGAAAGAGCUAUUUCGAAGGAAUUGUAAGCAAGUGAGCGUGGAGUGCGCUUUGAAUAAGCUGAAAGAGAAGCAUAUAUCCGACCGUAAGCGGUUGUAUCAUGCUCUGAUCAUUCUAGUAGACGGUGUUGUCCUUGGCAACAAGCCACCAAAUAUCACACCGACGUACGUGGAUAUGGUUGAAGAUGUAGAGAAGUUUCUACGAUUCCCGUGGGGGCGGUUUAGAACCCUAUCCCGUUUCAGACCUGCACCACUGUCACCAAAAAAUCCCGACCCUAUUAACGAACUAAAACAGAGGUUGAGGCAGCAAACCUCGGCAUGCUACGGAUUUCCAUUAGCAGUGGAGCUGGUAGUUUUCGAGGCCAGCCCACUACUGGUAGAGAAGUUGGCAGAUCCGAAAAAGACCACCACAUUUUUAGAAGAGCCAUUCGCCUGUGAGACCGCUAUUGUUCGGUUGCAAUCGGAGGAUAUCCUACAUGUAGAGGCGAACCCUAAGUUGACUUUCGGAGUGGACGUCACAGAAGGCGAAAACGCAGACCCGGAUUGGGAUGAUGAGGUCCAUGACGACGGAGUCGAUAGGAUUGUUCAGUUGCUGCAGGGAGGGCAUGUGUUCACCCAAGAAGACUUUGUGGUGGGUCAAUCUACAAUGGCUCCGGUGUUUUAUCAGCCUCAAGGAGACAGAUACUCAUGUAAGGUGAAACUGAAUAGAGGUAAAAAAUGGAUGGCUGACCAAUUUCGCACUAUGACGGAGAAACUGGUGGAAGCUAUCAGAAGUGGCGGCGGCGAGGGAGGCGUUUCCAAAGUAACCGACCAGACCUCUAAAAGGGGAUCUGAGAUGCAGCCGGAAAACAGAGGGGAAAAUGUCUUUGCAAAAUCAAAGGGGAAAUCGGAAGAAGGAGAGGACGUCCGCGAUAUAUACGUCGAUAUGGAUGAUGUGUAA